AUUUAAUUGUCAAGUAUCUUUAAAGUAAAAGACCACGAAAAAGAAGAAGAUUAAGUUUUUGACAAUGACAACUAAUGUCAAUUUCUGGCAAUUCGAACGACAAAUUCUAAAAAUGGCAAAUAGAGGUGAGGCUGUUCAAAAACAAAUUCAACAAGAUUGGGUCAACAGGGAAUACAUCGAAAUAAUUACGAUAAGUAUCAAGAAAAUCACGGACUUUUUAAAUUCCUUCGAUCUCUCCUGUCGCUCAAAAUUGGCUGGCCUUAAUGAAAAACUAACCAUCUUAGAACGAAAAAUCGAUUACUUGGAAGCUUGCGUUACGAAAGGCGAAACGCUUACAUGAGACCAACUAGUUUAAGGCCGAACAAUGUCCCUAAUUUCUAAUUUACUCCGAAAACUCACACCUAAAAUAGUUCAAAACCAACCGAAGCAAACCCUCUUUUAUUGGAUCAACGUACAAUUCAACAUAGUAGAUAAAGAACGCAGGGAGCUCAUCGGCCCCGACCUCUCCUGCGCGGAAUGGAUAUUAAGAAACGGCGGCAGCGUAAAGUGGAAGAAAGGCGUCAUAUCCGAUUUCAACGAGUUGCCUCAGAACUCUAAGGACUUUCGAGUGCAAGCAAUCGACGCCUCCAACACGAACAUCAUGCUGGAGGGUUUCGAGCACUUCCGCAACUGCCAGUACAUCGAGAAGUUGAAGCUGCACAAUUGCUACUACAUAAACGACGAGGCCCUCAAGCACUUGGAUAUUCUAAGCGAGUCUUUGAAUCACCUGACGAUUAGCGAAUGCAAUAACGUAACGGAUGCCGGAAUAAUGGCGCUGCAGGCUUUGCACAAUCUUCGUGUUUUAGUUUUGAUUAAAUUGGCCGGAGUGCAACGUAUGAAUGAAACGGGGAAGGCGUUGCAGGGCGUCCUGACUAAAUGUAAAAUCGAAUUUUAAUUUUGUGAAUAUAUCGAGGUCUUUUUAUGUAAAAUUUAACGCUUAAUGUUUAGCUUAAGUCGUUUCUUAAUAUCGGAUAUUUUUCGGUUCGUUUAAAUGUACAUAAAUAAGUAUUGUUUCGUAGAAUUAAGUAGUUGUUUAAGGAAAUUAUUUGAACUGAAUUUUCUAUUAUAAAAUAGUAUGCGUGAUUGGAUUUUUUUCAUUUACAACAUACUUGGAUUGUUUUAAUAUGUAGUUUUCAAUUCGUGAUUAUAUUGAAAUUGUAUAACUAUUUUAUAAUACCUACAGUAGUGGAAAGUUCUUGAAUUAAAACAAAUUUUAU